UAGCUUUCACGUAGCGUCAGACCUUCUUAAUCGAGCGUAAGUGCUUGUGUUGAUGUCGGCCGCUGCUGUCCCGUCCAUUUGCUAACUCACCGGGACCAAACUUCAAGCCUCAAAGAUGUUUUUGUCUGCUGCUGUUCGCUCUGCAGUGUCGCAGACGGCCAGGCAGGUCAGGAAUCUGCAUCGGUCUGCUGCGCGCGCUGGAGCCGGUGGCAUCUUCGUGCACAGGGAUACUCCUGACAACAAUGCUGAUACUCCGUUUGAGUUCACCGAGGAGAACAAAAAGAGGAUUGAGGCCAUCAUUUCAAUGUACCCUGUUGGACACAAGCAGGCAGCCACCAUCCCAGUGUUGGAUGUAGCCCAGAGGCAACACGGAUGGCUCCCCAUCUCCGCCAUGAACAAGGUCGCCGAAGUGCUGGAAGUGGCUCCGAUGCGAGUGUAUGAAGUAGCGACAUUCUACACGAUGUUCCUGCGUCAGCCCGUGGGAAAAUACUUCAUUCAGAUCUGCACAACAACACCCUGCAUGCUGUGCAACUCAGACAGCAUCCUGGAGGCCAUCCAAAAUAAACUGGGUAUCAAGGUCGGAGAGACUACUCCAGACAAGAUGUUCACACUAAUAGAGGUGGAAUGCCUGGGUGCCUGCGUGAAUGCUCCUAUGGUCCAGAUCAAUGACAACUAUUAUGAGGACCUCACACCUAAGGACAUUGAUGAAAUUAUUGAUGAACUUAAAGCAGGCAGAGUCCCACCACCUGGGCCCAGGGGCGGGCGCUUUUCGUGUGAGCCUGCGGGUGGAUUGACUUCUUUGACAGAGCCUCCUAAAGGACCAGGCUUCGGUGUAAGAGCGGACCUUUAGAGGUUUUUCAAAGCAAUUUGUCCCUGAGGCUGAUAUUAAGUUUAACUCAAACAUAUUAUGUAAAUAAAUUGUUCAUGUACCUAUGA